AGGCUCUACUGCAUAUACCCAUUCUAGAGGGUAUAUGGACAAGGCCCCGGGCUCAAGGUCAAAGUAUAAAGCGGCAGCAGCGCAGUAACAGCCUCGGCAGCAUCCACCCUCCUGAAGUAGAGGCAGUAGUCAAACUAAGCGCCGGCGGUGAGAAACGGGAGAACGCAUCCGAGUGAUGCCACUGCACCAACAGCAUCUCGCAACCGCGAAAAGAUAUCGAGAGUAAAGCAGCUCCUUCAGCGAGGAGGAAUUAAAAAGAUUCGCCUUGUGACCGCAUCGGCCCAUGAAGAUGUCUAACGUUGACAUGGUCAACUCUACCGACAGGGUAGUAAAAUCUGUCCCGUUCCCCCUGAGCCACCGGCUGACGAUGAAGGAGGUGUUUGACCUCGAGGGGAAGCCGCGGGUGGACCUGCUGAAGGCACACCUGACCAAGGAGGGCCGCGUGGAGGAGGCAGUGGCCCUGCGCAUCGUCAACGAGGGCGCCGCCAUCUUGCGCCAGGAGAAGAACAUGCUGGACAUCGAGGCGCCAGUCACGGUGUGCGGAGAUAUCCACGGCCAGUUCUUUGACCUGAUGAAGCUGUUUGAAGUUGGCGGCUCCCCAGCCACGACUCGAUACCUGUUCCUCGGGGACUACGUAGACCGAGGCUAUUUCAGUAUUGAGUGUGUUUUGUACCUAUGGUCCCUGAAAAUUCUCUACCCAAAGACGCUUUUUUUACUGCGAGGAAACCACGAAUGUAGACAUUUGACAGAAUAUUUCACCUUCAAACAAGAAUGUAAAAUCAAGUAUUCAGAGCAGGUGUAUGACGUAUGUAUGGACGCGUUCGACUGCCUUCCUCUGGCUGCUCUCAUGAACCAGCAGUUCCUGUGUGUGCACGGAGGCCUGUCACCAGAGAUACACACCUUAGAUGAUAUAAAGAAGCUGGACCGGUUUAAGGAGCCACCAGCGUUCGGGCCCAUGUGUGACCUGCUGUGGUCCGACCCCCUGGAGGACUUUGGCAACGAGAAGACCCAGGAGUACUUCAGCCACAACACAGUGCGAGGCUGCUCCUACUUCUACAGUUAUCCGGCCGUCUGUGAGUUUCUGCAGAAUAAUAAUUUAUUAUCAGUCAUCAGAGCACAUGAAGCACAAGAUGCAGGGUACCGGAUGUACAGAAAGAGUCAGACCACUGGCUUUCCUUCCCUCAUAACGAUCUUCUCAGCACCAAACUACCUUGACGUUUACAACAACAAAGCGGCUGUACUGAAGUACGAGAAUAACGUCAUGAACAUCCGCCAGUUCAACUGUUCCCCACAUCCAUACUGGCUGCCAAACUUCAUGGACGUCUUCACCUGGUCCCUCCCAUUUGUAGGCGAGAAAGUCACGGAGAUGCUGGUGAACGUGUUGAGCAUCUGCUCUGACGACGAGCUGAUGGACGGGGAGGAGAUUUUAGAUGCCAACGCUGCCGCUGCCAGGAAAGAGGUGAUCAAGAACAAGAUUCGAGCCAUCGGGAAAAUGGCCACGAUGUUUAAAGUACUGAGGGAAGAGAGUGAGAACGUGCUGACCCUGAAGGGCCUGACCCCGACCGGCAUGCUGCCCAGCGGAGUGCUGUCUGGGGGGAAGCAUACCCUGCAGAGCGCCACCAUUGAGGCCAUUGAAGCAGUGGAGGGGGAGACGGGUGCUGAGGAUAGAGAAGCCAUCCGCGGCUUCUCCCCGCAGCACAAGAUCAACAGCUUCGAGGAGGCUAGAGGCCUGGACCGCAUCAACGAGCGCAUGCCGCCGCGCAAGGACGGCGGCGUGAACCACGUGGGCCACUCCAUGGGUAAGAUGAACAUGUCCGCGGCCAACGGCACCGACACCGAUGACAACAGCAACAUCCAGUGAUGGCGCUACGCAACUCUCCCCCCCAACCCAACCCCCCAAACCCCAACCUUUUUGCGUGCGCGUGCCGCUGCCUACCCACUUUGUUCGCCUCUAUAGCCCAAUGCAGCCGGCUGCUGCCUGCUACUGCUGUAGCCUCAGCUGCGGCAGCGACACACUGCACUGCACCGCACUGCACUGCAGGAUCUCGCCAAACUCUUUUAUUUUAAAGGCCUCAGAGUACUGACUUAAAAUAAUAAUAACAAUAAUAAUACGCAAACAAAUAAAAAAUGACUUAACCAAAACUCCAUCAGCAUAUACAGUACAGUACAGUUACACCUCUGCUCCAGGUUUCUUUGCUAGAGACAUACAGUACAUGAUUUGUUUUCCCCGGGCCUCUUGAGCACUGUAGCUGAUAAUGACAGACACUACAGAGGGGGUCUGAAGGCUGCGAUGCAUGGGGCCACCUUUGCUAAUGGCAGGAGCUGCCGCUGUGUGCUUGCGUUUCGGGUGGGGGUAUUGUUUAUGGUGGCCACCGGAUUGAAGUAUGAGGGAAUGGGAGGGAUUUUUUCUUCGGUGGAAGGUGGGAUUCAGGCUUUGCGGAGCAGAGGGAGCAUUUUUGUGUCGUUUUUUGGAUGUUUUUAUUUUUUAUUUUCCAGGAAAGUGGGCUUUUAAGUGGGCGUUAUGUGCCUGCCGCAUCUAUUCUGGCUCGGCCCACUAAAAGUGGGAGGGAUUUUAAAGGAUUAGAAGUCUGAAAAGGCUGAUCCAAUGCAGCUUCUUGGGAAGGGAAGGGAAAGUAGAGAUGGGGGAGAAGCUGCGAUUUCAAUGCCACGCACACAUUUCACAUUACAAUCCACCAGUUCUCACUGGGUCCAUCUCAUCCAGCCCUUGUGUCACCACUUCGACAUGUUUUGCUACUUGUAUUAAUCAGUGUGAAUUUACGACUUUGAAAAGAAAAAAGAAAAAAAAGAAAAAUCAUGUUUUUAAAAAGAAAGGAUGUUUCAACAGGAAAAAUAUACGGACCUUUUAUUACUCUCGCAUUGCGGUCUUACCUGAGAAUCUUUUGAUUUGUGGAUUUCUUUUUUUGUUUGUUUUUUUGGUUCAUCGGUAAGAUGCCACGAUUUGAAAACUGGAGAGGGUGUGGGGGUGCUUGGCUUGCGUGGUGCGCUGCGGUGCCCGUGAAACCCGUCACUGGAAGCAUCACGGCCCGUCUGGUCUGCUCUGGCUCUGGCUCUGUCUGUCCGGGAUGCACUGAGGGACUCAGGUGCUGCAAGAGGAGAACCACUGACUUUUGCCACAAGCACCAUAUGCCUGAUUGUUCUCACAUGCCUGUAAACUCAAGAGAAAGAAUGCACAUA